UUGUUUUCCAGAUGGCUCCUUCGUAUGUGGUCGUUGAGUUCCUUGGUGAACGUUCAGUCGCUGUUGUCCCAACCAUAUGGACAAAAGAUGAUGGAAAGAAUACCUUAUGCUAUUGGCCAAAGCCAAAUCCUACCCACUCCAGAAUCCGGAGAGCUGAGAUUCCUGACAAAGAAGUCUGGGAUAGGCUACCAAUUCGGGUUUUCAGGAAAACAUUGACUGAAGACUUUGACAAGGCCCUUCAAUAUGAAAAACAAGCUGAAAUGUUUUCGAGCCCAGAGGAAGAAGAAAUAUCAACCAAACGGAGUCACAUCACCCCUGAACGUUAUAGAAACGAUGAGGAAGAUGUGUUUGAUGCUGACGACGAAGAGGAAAUUCGGCCAAAAAAGAAGUGCAGAAAAGAGAAAUCACAGAUCCUCAUCCAGGCACCCCCACUGCCAGUGCUCCCACCAUUGAACUUUCCAAUCUCCAGCGAGUACCAGACCACUUCAGCCAGUACCAGCCAAUACUACACCACUCCAAGGCAUCCAGGCCGACCUCACAGCCCAGCGAGAAGCAGCACUUACAGGCUCAGUCCAGACAGGAAUCAUGCAUCUAGCUCAAGCCAGUACCAAACCACUCCAGCCAGUAUGAGUCAGUACCAGACCACUCCAAGAAGCAGCAGGAAUGCCCUUGAAAGUGAACUUUUCCAGUUAAACAUGAAAGUUCAAAAACUAGUUGAGAACCAGGGAGAACUGAUGCGCAUGAUGAGAGGGCUGGCAGCACAGUCUGUGGGGCCAGAAGCUGUGGAUGUUCAAGAUCUCAUUGAGAAGCCUUUCGAGACUCUUGAGCAGCUUAAGACCUUCAGUGAACAGCUCGACACUGAUCUUCUGCUCAGAAAGCAGCUGGUGAAAGCUCUUACUGCUCUUGGUGGGCAGAAUUUGGCAGACACAGUGAGGACAAUGCUGAGGAAAAUUGCCACAAACAAAGUCCUGGAGCAGCUUGGUCUCCGUGGAAAGACAGGCAAAGUGGCAUUUGAGGACUUGCCCUUUUACAGAAUAAUAAUAAAGGCAUGCAGGGGUGUUUACAAACAGACGACCACAGCUGAAGUAGAUUGUGAGCUUGGAGAGGUCCUGAAACUGGCCACUUUUCGAAAGGGAGGUUCAAAGUUUGAGGAGAAGAGGAGGAAUUAAGAGGAAGCGACGGCGAAGAAGGGCAAAGGGAGGUGUACAAAGGAAUAGGACAGUGAUAUGAGUGACCAG